UCUGUUUUCAUCAAGCAUCAAAAUCCACUACACAAUUCCUCAAAAAAUAAUUUUCUAUGAUGAAUACUACCACUCAUUUCCCAUCUGAUGGAUUUGAAUUCUGUCAUCGUUUCGCUUUGAAGAAUAAUAAUCUCGGUGGCGGCGAUGGAGGAAUUAAUGAUGUUCUCUGCUUUUCAAGCAGACGACCAUCAGAAGAAGAGGUUGUUAUUGGUAGUGGUAGUGAUCGGACAGUAGUUCAAGGGGAUUAUUUCGACGGAGUUUUUAAGUAUAUACAUCAGAUGCUUAUGGAUGAUCAAGAAGAUUUGGAAAAUAGGCCUUGUAUGUUUCAAGAUUGCAUCGCUCUUGAAGCUGCUGAGAAGUCUUUUUAUGAUGCCUUGAAUCCUCCUCCAAUUCAUGGCGAUGGUGUGGAUCAAUUUGUUGAGUCCACCUUUAAUUCUGAUCUAGAAUGUUCGCUUUUUUAUAAUUCUGGUUUAAACAAUUAUCAUCAACCUGCUAGUAUUGGUGUUGCCAAUGGCGGUGAUUUAAUCUCACCGAAUGCAAAAAAUUGUUAUCAAGGUAAUGAUGUCAAUCAAGGGUGGAAAUCAACGUCAGAUGGAAAUAAGAAGCACACUCGAGAAGAAAUUAGUGACAGUUCAAAAGGGCGAAAUUCGAAGCAGUUUGCGAGUAAUGGAACAGAGGAAACAGAGGAUAAAACAGAGGAACACUACGAUAAGACGCUUCUUUGUCCAGGCUUGAAUCCUUCUUUCUAUGAGAAUCGAUCAAAAUCAGCAACAUCAUCAGAUAAUGCAGCAUGGGACAAGCAAAAGAGCUGCCAUAUAAAGCAAUCUAAACGUGGAAGGCCUCGUGGGAGCAAAAAAGGCGUUAAGACGAAUGAAGUAGUUGAUCUUACUAGUCUACUAACGCGUUGUGCGGAGGCUGCAGCAAGCUACAACAGCAAGACAUUCAUAGAGGUUCUCAAGAAAAUUAGGCAGCAUUCUUCUCCCUUUGGCGAUGCUACUUCAAGAUUGGCCUAUUGCUUCGCCAAUGCCCUCGAAGCUCGUUUUGCUGGCGGAGAUGCAACAUUGAUCACAAGUAAGAAAAUAUCAGCUGCAGAUUUCUUGAAAGCUUAUCAGGUCUACAUCACUGCUUGUCCAUUCAAGAGGAUGUCAAACAUAUUCGCGAACAAGUCUAUCGCGAAAUUAACAAGUGAAUCACCAAGAAUUCAUAUAAUAGAUUUCGGGAUCCUAUAUGGAUUUCAAUGGCCUUGUAUAAUACACGGGAUUUCCCUUAGGCCCGGAGGACCUCCAAGUCUUAGGAUCACAGGAAUCGAUUUCCCUCAGCCAGGUUUUCGACCAGCUGAGAGAGUUGAGGAGACAGGACGACGUUUGGAGGAUUAUUGCAAGAGAUUUGAUGUUCCAUUUGAGUAUAAAGCAAUAGCAAAGAAAUGGGAUGAGAUUAAACUAGAAGAUUUGGAUAUCGAGAGAGAUGAAAUCGUUGUGGUCAAUUGUUUGUACAGGCUAAAGAAUGUCCCUGAUGAAACACUAGUAACACACAACAACAAAAAUCCAAGAGAUGCUGUUCUUAACUUGAUCAAGGAAAUAAAUCCUCGUUACUUCGUCCAUGGGAUCGUUAACGCUAUGUACAAUGCCUCUUUCUUCACUACAAGAUUUCGGGAGGCUUUAUUCCAUUUCUCGUCACAAUUUGACAUGUUUGAAGCCACAAUGCCACGAGAAGAUGAAGGAAGGAUGAUGUUUGAGCAGGAAGUAUUCGGAAGAGAUAUCAUGAACGUUAUAGCUAGUGAAGGGGCGGAGAGAGUUGAGAGACCGGAAAGUUACAAGAAAUGGUCAGUGAGGAAUCAGAGAGCGGGGUUCAGGCAACUUGCAUUGGAUCAAGACAUCGUCAAGGAAGUAAAGACCAAGGUGAAAAUGUUUUAUCACGCGGAUUUUCUAGUGGAUGAAGAUAGCAACUGGAUGUUACAGGGCUGGAAAGGAAGAAUCAUGUAUGCACUCUCAGUUUGGGAGCCUAUUCAUAAAUAAAAUCUUGCAUUCAAUUCUUGUAAGAACAUAAAUCAAUGGA